AUGGCACCGCGUCGUCAAUUGACUGAUGCUAAAAAAGCAGAAAAAAAUAGGAAACAAAGAGAAAGAAGAGCACAGGAAGACCCGCAGACGAAGGCGAAGCGGAAUGAAGAAAAUAGAGCCAGAGCAACUUAUGUUCGCGAAAACAAGAAAAGAGCGCUACAACAAGAACCAAUUCAAGGUGGGGCAAGAGAAAAUGCAGACGAAGUUACUGAACCUGCUAAGAGACAAUGUCAAACCGCAACUGAAGACGACAGACGAGCAAGAUUGGAAACUGAGUCCGCCAAGCGAAGGGACUGCCGAGCUAGAGAGUCUGAAGAGGUAUAUCAAGUUCGACUAAGGGACCAAGCGUUGCGACAGCAAUCUCUGCGUGUCGAAGAAAACGAAGAAGAGAGAAGAGUUAGACAAAUAAGAGAUAUCGAGCGCCAUCGAGCUAAACGUAUUGAAGAGACAGCAGAAGAAAGGACUUUGCUUGCAGUGGCUGACAGAUUGCGUCAUCAGAUGUAUCUGGUUGAAGAAACGGAAGAAGAGGCGGAAAUACGUAGGGAACUUAACAGGGAACAAACAGCCAACUACAGAGCGGCAGAGAUAGAAGAAGAAAGAGAAGAAAGACGAGAAGAGAGUCAAUCUCGAAUGGAAUGUUUGCGAGAAGAGAGAGAGGAAGACGAGGAAUUACUUCGUGCCAUGAAUGCAUUGGAACAUGCUGAAAUUAUACCAUUGGAAACUGAAGAGGAGCGCACUUUUCGCGAAGAGCUAUUGGCUGCCCGCAACCGUGCGGGAGUGCCAAGAACUCAUAGAGCGGCUUGCAAAACAUUGGCUUCCGAAGACCGAGUUCCAUUGCACGAUUGUGGAAAAAUGACCGUCAAUUGCGGCGAAUGUAAUGCCAGGCAUUUCAAGAGUGAACAAGCGACAGACAAGAAAUUCACCCAAUGCUGCGCAAAAGGAAAGGUGAUUCUCCCACCUCCAAAAGAGUGCCCUCAACCGCUGGUUAAACUAUUGCAGAAUGACCAUCCAAAGGCGAAAGCGUUUAUGACGAAGAUCCGCAAUUACAACAGCGCUCACGCUUUUGCUUCGUUGGGAGCCAAUAUUUCAUCUCCCCCAGGGCGUGGACCUUAUUGUUUCAGAAUCCACGGUCAAGUGUACCACAACACCACAACCGUCGGCCCCCAUACGAAUAAUUCUAGGUAUGCGGAUCAUUAUUUCAUGGACGCUGCGCAGGCUGGCGAGUUCAGAGCGCUUUCCACCUCAAACGGAGGAUGCUGCAGAAACUUGAUGGAGGAAUUGGGCGCAAUGCCCCGAGAAAAGAAUCCGUACGCAGCCAUUUACAAGAUGAUGCGUCAAGUGCUUGAAGAAGAGUACCGUCGAGCCCAAGAUGAGAAUCUACCGCACCAAACAAUAGGAAUGAUCAUCAGCAGUGAUCGAAGAAAUCUAGAUCAGAGACGUUACAACAGCCCGACGACAAACGAGAUUGCUGUGAUUUUCAAAAGCGCAAACGGUGAGCCGCCAGCAAAGAGAGAUAUCCGUGGCCAUCUCUUCAUCCCAGUCAGAGGGAGAACAUUCGUUCAGAUUGACACACAACAGCCCAUGUGCGACCCAAUGACUUACCCUUUGCUCUUCCCAAACUUUGACGAUGGCUGGCAUGUAAACAUGCCUUAUACCACCACUACACGACGUGAAAGAGAGGAAGCAGCAGCACGGGCAAUGGAUGUGGAUGAAGAGGAAGAGAUUGAUCUCCCUAGACUUGAUGAGAUGCUGCGGCUAGAAAAAGCACCAGUAGAAAACCUUAGCGGUGAGGAAGAGCUGGUGGAAGAACCAGAACCGGAACCAAAGGAGCAAAUGGAUGACGACGAUAACGAUCCCCAUCGAUUGAAUCGGGGCGAAGGAAGACGAAAAAGGAUCACGCAGUGCGAAUUUUACAGCUUUCUCAUGUCGAUUCGGGAAUAUUUCAACAACGUCUUGGCCGGCGGAUCACUCACUCAGCAAUGGACGGUCGAUUCUUACGUCAAGAUUGAAGCCAACCGCGUCAAGUACAUAUGCGAACAUCAGGCGGAGCUUCACGUGGCUCAAUACGACGGUCUCUUGGACUACUUGCAUAAUCGCGCCGAACGAGAAAACCUUACGGUCGGAUCUUAUCACGUCCUCCCAUCGAGUUUCAUCGGAAGCCCAAGGGCGAUGAAGCAAGCGUACCAAGAUGCAAUGGCCAUCUGUGGUAAAUUCGGCAAGCCAGUAUUCUUCCUGACUUUCACCUGCAACCCAAAGUAG